AUGUCGUCAGCAAAGGCCAAGGCACAGAACAUCAUCGACCAGAACGGCGUUGCCGUCUUCUCCAAGUCGUACUGCCCCUACUGCAAGGCCACCAAGGAGCUUUUGUCCAAGUCCGGCGCCAAGUUCUACGCCCUUGAACUCGACCAGAUCGAUGACGGUGCCGACAUCCAGAACGCCCUCGCCGAGAUGACCAGCCAGCGCAGCGUGCCCAACAUCUUCAUCAACAAGGAGCACAUUGGCGGCAACUCGGACAUCCAGGCCCUCAAGAAGGACGACCUCAAGAGCAAGCUCACCGCUGCCAGCGCCUUGUAA